AUGGUGCAUUCCAAACUUAUUGGAGUUGCAAUAUUAUUGGUAUUGCUCUUUGUGGAUCUUGCUUUUGGUGCAAGAUUUUAUGGUAGAGGAGGUGGCGGUGGAGGUGGAGGGGGAGGUGGUGGUGGAGGGUCAGCAUUGGGGGUGGGGUCAGGUUAUGGUUCAGGGUAUGGCUCUGGGGAAGGCUAUGGGUAUGGUGAGGGUAAUGAUGUGUUUGGGAGUAGCGGAGGUGGUGGUGGUGGUGGAGGUGGUGGUGGUGGUGGCGUUCUAUUGCCUCAAAUUUCUGGUUCAAAUGAUCAAAGACUUUACUUGAAACUUCUCCUCUUCUGGCCAAUAUGGGAUCAGUGA